AUGGGCCGCAAGUCAUGGCAAGAAAUUGCCCAAAUAGCACAAGACGUGCGUGACAAAUCCAUCGCCCAAGUCCAGCCACCAGUUCCGGAAGUGCCUCAAGAUCUUCCGUUGAAUGUGACGCACCUUCCCAAGGAACUGUUGACCUCGAAAGAGAUCGAGAUUACCGAGACUGCACCGGAAGUGCUUGUCCAGAAACUUGCCUCGGGAGAAUGGACGUGCGUGGAAGUUACCAAUUCCUUCCUCCGUCGUGCUGGGUUGGCUCAGAGACUGGUCAACUGCGUUACUGAGCUAAUGCCUGAAGAAGCCCUCGAGCGAGCCAAGUAUCUAGACGACUACCUAGCCAAACAUGGCAAACCCAUUGGACCCCUCCAUGGGUUGCCGGUGAGCAUCAAAGAACAUCUCCCCAUGAAAGGCCGCACCAUCAACUGCGGCUUCGUCGCCUGGUGGGGACGCGUUUCAGAGGUGACUUAUAGUGGCACAGAAGUCCUCUACAACGCUGGUGCUGUUCUAUACGUCCGAACCACCCAGCCGCAAUGUUUGAUGCAUCUCGCAACUUCGAGUAAUUUAUAUGGCGAGACUGUGUGUCCAUAUAACCGCCAACUUACGAGCGGAGGUAGUUCCGGUGGUGAAGGGGCGCUGAUAGGCAUGCGUGGCAGCGCUGUCGGCAUCGGCACUGAUAUUGGCGGCAGUAUUCGCAGUCCCGCAGCAAAUUGUGGAAUUUACGGUCUUCGGCCGACAAGUAGCAGGUUUCCGUAUGCUAAAUUUGCUGCUGCGCAUGGUCCGCAGGGGAUUCCAGCUGUUGCGGGCCCGUUGAGUACUUCUCGAGGAGGGUUGAGGCUUAUCAUGAAAGCAGCUAUAGACUCGAAGCCGUGGUUGACGGAACCAUCUCUUCUGCCGAUUCCGUGGCGGGAUGAUGUGAGCCAUCUCGAUCAGGUGGCGGGAGGAAAGAAACUCAAGAUUGGAGUUCUAUGGGACGACGGAGUUGUGAAGCCUCAUCCCCCUGUUACACGGGCGCUGAAUGAGGUUGUGAGCAAACUUCGUGGUGUUGCUGGCGUCGAAAUUGUGGACUGGAAACCAUACAGACAUGAUUACGCGUGGGAAAGAAUAGCUUCGUUAUACUAUGCUGACGGUGCAGCUGAUAACUUGGAAAUCCUUGCUCAGGGUGGUGAACCAUUACUGCCUCUGACACACCAUAUUAUCACCGACAACGAAUAUCGGAAACGCCUGCAAAUCGAGGAGAUAUGGAGCUUGAUGGAGAAGAACGCCGAGUACAAGAAAGACUACGCAAAUGUCUGGAACGAUACAGCCACAGGAGUCGAUGAGCGAGGAAUACCGACUGGAAUGGUUGAUGUGAUUCUUUCCCCGACGGGACCAGGCGCUGCACCUCCGUUGAAUCAGGCUAAGUAUUGGGGAUAUACGUCUCAGUGGAAUCUCCUUGAUUACCCUGCUGCAGUGUUCCCAGUGACUCAAGCCCAGCCGGAGGUUGAUAAGAAGGAGGAAGGUUAUGAGCCUCGGAAUAGCAAGGAUGAGUUCAAUUAUAAGCUUUAUGAGCCUGAGCUCUAUCGUGAUGCCCCUGUUUCACUUCAACUUAUUGGACGUCCUUGUGAAGAUGAAAAGGUCCUUGAAGCUCUGGAUUUUAUCCACGAGCAUGUUUCGUUGCCUUCCUUCAAGUAA